UUAUUAUAUUUUUAUAUGGAUAACAAAAUUAAUUGCUGCUUUGUAAAUAAUUAUGGAGCUUGUUAUAAACAAUCAUAUACUCAAGAAAGAAAUCUAAUUGAAGAUAUUGACAGCAAUGAUCGUAAGCUACUUGAAAAACAAACAAAUCUGAAACAAGAACAAAUUACUAAUAUAUGCACACACCAUCAUGAUAUGUUAGUUGUAAGAUAUGAGGGUAAUCAGAAAAGUUGCUGUAAUCCAUUUCUGAGUCACCAAAAAGUGUGUAGAGCAUCUCUACGUGUGAUUACAAUGCAUACUGUGUUAGAAGCAGAAACCAUAGGUUUAAAUCUUAUACCUGGAAAAAAACUGUGUCCAACCUGUCGAAGUAAAGUUAUGACAUGUUUAUCAAAAAGUAUAAGUGAAAAUAAAAAUGAUGAAGAUUUUGAUAUUGUUAAUGAAAGAUCCAUUAAAAAUAAAAAAGAAAGUGUAGAUACACACUUUGCGUCUGUCAGAGUAUCUCCAAUUAAGGUCAAAGAAUUGCACAAGUCAGGUAAAAUCAGAGAAGGUAAACAAAAAUUGACAGCAUUAUCAACCUCCAUUAAAAAAAAGGUAGCCAUUUCCCUUAAUAUAUCAGAAGAAAGUUUUAAAGCACAGUCAAGUUUUAAUAAUAAGUAUAUGGAAAAAGCAAACUUGUUUGAUAACAUGAUGGUAUUGUUAACUAACAAAAUUGCAGAGUCUACAUCAACAUCAAAAAAGUAGUACAUAGCCGUGUAAUGCCUGGUAAAAAGAACUAUGUAAGCAUAAAAAAAAAAUGUCCACAUGCAAAAAUGUUUGCUCUUAUGUAAUUUAAAGGAAUUGUUUGUUGCCUUUAAAACCAAGAACCCAGAAAUAAAAAUAGGAUUUCAAGGUUUUGCACCUUGUGACCUAAAUGGUGUAUUACUGUUGGUGUCUCAGGAACACAUUCUGUAUGCGUCUGUGCUAUUCAUCAGAAUUUGAAACUGCUUUUACAUCCUCUUGGUGUGACAUACAAAGAAUUGUUACCUUAUAUUGUCUGUGAUAUAACUAAUAAAGACUGUAUGAUGAGGAAAUGUGAAAAAUGCCCAGCAACUAUGAAUGCAUUGGUUGAAAAACU